UCUAUAUCUCUCUCUGUGCAAAGUCCACCAUCAUCCGGUUCGCCAAAAUGAUGACGGCAAUGGUGGGAUCUCCAUGGUUAAGGAUCAGGAUGGUGCCUGAGGUCUCCCCGUCUUCAUUUCUUCUCCACAAAUCAAUCUCCCCGUCUUCUCUCCGUUCCAACCGUUCAAUCUGCACUAAUUGGUGUCGCUUGCAUAGUAAGACCAGCAACUCAUCUAUUUUCCGGAGAAGAUUCUCAAUUAAGGCCUCUCACUCCGACGGGGAAGUUCGCGUUCGCUUCGCUCCUUCGCCUACUGGCAAUCUUCAUGUUGGCGGAGCCAGAACUGCUCUAUUCAACUACUUAUUCGCCAGGUCCAAAGGAGGCAAAUUUAUUCUCCGAAUUGAAGACACUGAUUUGGAACGAUCUACUAAGGAGUCAGAGGAAGCUGUGUUGCGAGAUCUUACUUGGCUUGGUCUUGAUUGGGAUGAAGGUCCUGGUUUAGGUGGAGAAUAUGGUCCAUAUAGACAGUCUGAAAGAAACAUCCUUUACAAGCAGUAUGCAGAGAAGCUUCUAGAAGCUGGUCAUGUUUAUCGUUGCUUUUGUUCUACUGAGGAGCUAGAGAAGAUGAAGGAGAUUGCCAAGUUAAAGCAAUUGCCUCCAGUAUACACCGGGAAGUGGGCAAAUGCUCCGUUGGAGGAAGUUGAAGAAGAACUUGCGAAGGGGUCACCUUAUGUGUAUCGAUUUCGUGUGCCCAAGGAAGGAAGUUUAAAGAUUAAUGACCUUAUUAGAGGAGAAGUAAGUUGGAAUCUUGAUACGCUUGGAGAUUUUGUGAUAAUGAGGAGUAAUGGACAGCCUGUGUAUAAUUUCUGUGUAACUGUUGAUGAUGCUACCAUGGCUAUUUCACAUGUCAUAAGGGCGGAAGAACAUUUACCAAACACUCUAAGACAAGCACUCAUAUAUAAGGCCCUUGGUUUCCCGAUGCCUUAUUUUGCACAUGUAUCGUUAAUUCUCGCACCUGAUAGGAGUAAACUGUCAAAGCGUCAUGGUGCAACUUCAGUUGGUCAGUUUAGGGAGAUGGGUUACUUGCCCCAAGCAAUGGUGAAUUACCUUGCAUUGUUGGGUUGGGGUGAUGGAACUGAAAACGAGUUCUUUACGUUGGAACAACUUGUCGAGAAGUUUUCAGUUGAGCGUGUUAACAAGAGCGGGGCCAUAUUUGAUUCGACCAAAUUAAGGUGGAUGAAUGGUCAAUACCUUAGGUCUCUUCCUUCGGAUACGUUAACCAAGGGUAUUGGUGAGUGCUGGAAAAGCUCUGGAAUUCUUACUGAAUCGGACGGGCUGUUUGUUGAAGAGGCAGUCCAGCUUUUGAAGGAUGGGAUUGACUUGAUACCAGAUGCUGACAAAGCACUUAAUAGUUUACUAUCCUAUCCUUUACAUUCUACAUUAGCAAGUCCAGAAGGAAGACCUGUAUUGGAAGAUGGUCUUCCUGAAUUUACAAACCAACUGUUGGUUGCAUAUGAAAGUGGCGAAUUCUUAGCAGCCCUUGAGAAUGGUCAUGCUGGAUGGCAAACAUGGGUUAAAAGUUUUGGCAAAUCACUCAAACGCAAGGGAAAAUCUCUAUUCAUGCCCCUUAGAGUUCUGUUAACCGGCAAGCUCCAUGGACCAGAUAUGGGUUCAACCAUACUUCUACUCCAUAAGGCAGGAAAGCUUAAUGUGGUUGUUUCUUCUCCCCAAUCUGGUUUUAUCACAUUGGAUGAAAGGUUCCAGUUACUUAGAGAUAUCAAAUGGGACUCGUUUAACGAAGACCAAACAGUCUCAGAGAGUCCGGCGGUUGUUUCUCGUUAAGAUUAAUUGUUUCGAUUUGUUGCUUUAAUUACUAUGAAUUAGCUGCUGAAAUUUUUGUAUAUCAACCAUGGUGUCGAACAAUGGGUGAAUUAUUUCGGCUUGAGAGUAGAUUUUAAUAGAAACCUUGUUAAGGC